AUGGAAGUAAACACAGUGCAAACCAAAAUCAAUGAAGUCUCAUAUAGAUUAUGGCAUCAAAGGCUUGGACAUGUUUCAAAAGAAAGGAUAACUCAUCUAUGCAAAGAAUUAAUCAUACCACCACUGAAUCAUGAAAACAAAUAUGAAGUAUGCAUUGAAUGUGUCAACGGCAAAUUAACAAAUUUGAGGAAAAAAGGAGCAAUACGAAGCAAAGGUGUUCUAGAACUCAUCCACACAGACAUUUAUGGAUCUUUCCCAAAAACUCAUGAAGGAUUCACCUACUUCAUAACCUUUACAGACGAUUUUUCAAGGCAUGGACAUGUUUUUCUCAUUAAAGAAAAAUCAAGUGCCUUAGACAUGUUCAAAAUUUACAAAGCUGAAGUAGAAAAUCAACUGAAUCUCAAAAUUAAAGUGGUUCGAUCAGAUAUAGGUGGAGAAUACUAUGGAAGGUUUGAUGAGACUUGGAGAAAUCCUGGAUCUUUUGCAAAAUUCCUUCAACAAGAAGGAAUCAUGGCUCAAUAUACAAAUCCAGACACUCCUCAACAGAAUGGAAUCUCAUAA